CAAAUGGACCUCUUGCCAAAUUCAGCACCCCUGGCUACCAAACUGCGAAACACUCUGAUUCAGUACCACAGCAUCGGAGACAGCGAAUGGCGCGUUGCGAAGAAAACUAAAGAUGCAACUGUGUGGCGUAAACCAUCAGAGGAAUUCAGUGGAUACCUCUACAAAGCUCAAGGAGUGGUGGAAGAUGUUACUAACAGAAUAGUGGAUCAUAUUCGCCCUGGACCUUAUAGGCUAGACUGGGACAGCUUAAUGACUACAAUGGACAUCAUGGAAACAUUUGAAGAGAACUGCUGUCUGAUGCGCUACACCACUGCUGGCCAGCUCUGGAACAUCAUAGCACCAAGGGAGUUUGUUGAUUUCUCUUACACUACAAGCUAUGAAGACGGGCUUCUAACAUGUGGUAUAAGCCUAGACUAUGGAGAGGUGAGACCUAACUUUGUCCGUGGAUUCAAUCACCCUUGUGGUUGGUUCUGUGUCCCUCUUAAGGACUAUCCUAGCCACAGUCUUUUGACAGGCUAUAUUCAGACUGAACUGCGAGGGAUGCUACCGCAAUCUGCAGUAGACACUGCCAUGUCUGGUACCCUGGCCAAUUUCUACUCUGACCUCAAAAAGGCACUGAAAACAUAGACAAACAGAGACUUAAAAGCCCGUGCGUUUCUUGCAAUCAAAUUAUAUUGUUUAGCUUAGCAUAGGUUAGCUACUGAGUUAAGAGGUGAGUAACAUUGUUUCUGAAAUGAUACCUGACCCGUUAUGUUGAGGGAUCCAAACAACUUCACCAAGUACUUUUUGAUGUGAUACUUAGCAUACAUUCCUAAUUCACGGUACGAGAUUCUGUUUCCUGCUCAGCACCCUGCAGCUGUGUGAGGAGUAGUCUGAAUCUAUAAACCCCGGCUUCCUAGGUAAAAAACACAAGAUGUGUGUGUGGGCUUGAACAAUGCAGCAUGAACUCAGCUCUCACCAACAAUAUUGAGAGUGGAGUGCUCAGGAUUUUGCUGGUGCAGGUCAC